AUGGCUGCAACAGCGCCUGUCACUGAUCGAUCACUCAGCCUUACACAAAUCAAGGCUCAUAUCCCAAUUACCUUGGAUAUGAAUCAGAUGAAUUAUGAUAUAUGGCGUGAGCUCUUUGAAACUCAUUGCCACAGUUUCAACGUGCUUAGUCAUCUCGAUGGCUCCUUAACAUCGACCGGACCCGAAGACACCACAUGGUCUCAGACAGAUGGAACUGUCAAGAUGUGGAUCUACGGAACCAUUUCGGAAUCGCUCCUAAAAUUGGUUCUCAAGACAAAGUGCACAGCAUCGGAGCUCUGGACGACGAUCGAGAACCUGUUCCGCGACAAUAAAGAAGCUCGUGCAAUACAACUCGAAAAUGAGCUCCGACAGCUGCAGAUCUGA